GGGUUGGGCCGGGCUGCCAUUUCACAGGCCCGCCUAGAUGGCGCCCUACCCUGCCAAAUGGCAGGCUGCGUGCUGGCCGCCCCGCCCGCCCGUUUUGGCAUGUCUAAUUCCUUCUAAUAAAAUGACCCGAUAAAACCAACCGUAAAAUUAGGGUUUAUAUCCAUAUCCCUAAAUUGACAUUUGCGGUGUAAAUGGCGGAUUCGUCGGAGGGGGAGGAUGAAGGGAAGCUGACCUGUGGAAACCAGCUGCUUGUGGUGGAAGAUGACCUCCGUGAAAUGGCAAAAAUGGCUGCAUGGAGCGUCAGCUCUUGCAAGCCUGGAAAUGGUGUCGUUUCUCUUCGAGAUGACAACCUAGAUACCUACUGGCAAUCAGAUGGUGCGCAGCCUCAUCUAGUUAAUAUCCAGUUUCAGAAGAAAGUAAAACUGAAGCUAGUUGUUCUGUAUGUUGAUUUCAAGCUUGAUGAGAGUUACACACCUAGUAAGAUAUCAGUUAGAGCUGGCGAUGGUUUCCACAACUUGAAGGAGAUAAAGGCAGUGGAACUUGUUAAGCCAACUGGAUGGGUGUACAUACCGUUAUCUGGGACGGAUCCAAGGGAAACAUUUGUGAAUACAUUCAUGUUGCAAAUUGCUGUCUUGUCUAAUCACCUAAAUGGAAGGGACACUCAUGUGCGCCAAAUCAAAGUUUAUGGCCCUCGACAGAAUCCUAUCCCACACCAACCAUUUCAGUUUACUUCGACUGAGUUCAUUACUUACAGUACUCUGAGAUGAAGUGAAUCUUUGGUUGAAAAAGAGAAAUUAAAAGUAUCACGAUUUGUAGGUUUUAUAGGAACAUGAGGUUUGUUGACAUGAACUACCAGAAGUUGCAGUUCAGAGCUGUCAGUUUUUCACAAAUUGGUGACUUUUAGUUAUGUGCAUG